AUGCGGACUGUUGCUGCUUCGCUGACGCUUGCUGCGUCUUGUCUUCUUGAGUUGGCCUCUGCCCUCAUGCCUAGGGCGCCUUUGAUUCCUGCGCUGAAAGCGAAAGUUGCCUUGCGCUCUGGAAACGCGACAUUCGAGCAGUAUAUUGAUCAUAAUAACCCUGGUCUGGGGACAUUUUCCCAGAGAUACUGGUAUAAUCCGGAAUAUUGGGCUGGUCCUGGCUCUCCUGUGGUUUUGUUUACACCGGGUGAAUCGGACGCUGCGGACUACGACGGAUUCUUGACCAAUGCGACAAUUGUUGGACGCUUUGCUGAAGAGAUCGGGGGUGCAGUUAUUCUGCUUGAGCAUCGCUACUGGGGAGCUUCAUCACCGUACCCCAAUUUGACGGCUGAAACGCUCCAAUACCUGAAUCUGGAGCAGUCGAUUGCGGACCUUGUUCACUUUGCAAAGACCGUGAACCUUCCGUUCGACAAGGACCACAGCAGCAACGCUGAUAAUGCGCCAUGGGUGAUGUCUGGGGGAUCCUACAGCGGUGCCCUAGCCGCGUGGACGGCAUCAAUUGCUCCAGGGACCUUCUGGGCAUACCAUGCAUCGAGUGCGCCUGUGCAGGCCAUCUAUGACUUCUGGCAAUACUUCGUCCCCGUUGUCGAGGGCAUGCCUAAGAACUGCAGCAAGGAUGUCAAUCGCGUGGUGGAGUAUAUUGACCACGUCUAUGCGUCAGGGGAUAUGGAGCGUCAGCAGGAAAUCAAAGAGAUGUUCGGGAUGGGAGCCCUCAAGCAUUUCGACGAUUUUGCAGCAGCAAUUACGAACGGACCAUGGCUUUGGCAGGAUAUGAAUUUCGUCUCGGGGUACUCCCGUUUCUAUAAAUUUUGCGAUGCAGUAGAGAAUGUGACGCCGGGGGCAAAGUCCGUUCCUGGACCGGAAGGCGUCGGUCUGGAGAAAGCACUGCAAGGCUAUGCGUCGUGGUUCAAUUCAACGUACUUGCCUGGGUCCUGCGCCAAAUAUAAAUAUUGGACCGACAAAUACGCAGUUGACUGCUACGACACAUAUGACCUUGACAGCCCCAUAUACACCGACACGGCCGUCAACAAUACCAUCAAUAAGCAGUGGACCUGGUUUUUAUGCAAUGAACCUCUCUUCUACUGGCAAGAUGGUGCACCCAAGCAUGAGUUCACCAUUGUCUCCAGGACCGUCUCGGCGGAGUACUGGCAACGACAAUGCUCCGGGUACUUCCCAGAAGUCAACGGCUAUACAUUCGGUAGCGCCAAAGGCAAGACCGCUGAAGACGUGAAUAAGUGGACCAAGGGCUGGGACUUGACCAACACUACACGUCUGAUCUGGACAAAUGGUCAGUUCGACCCCUGGAGGGACGCCUCAGUUUCGUCGAAAUUCAGACCUGGAGGACCUCUUCAUCCCACAGAACAAGUGCCAGUACAUGUGAUUCCGGAUGGGAUGCAUUGCUCAGAUCAAUGGAUGGCCUACGGAAAGGCGAAUGCCGGUGUUCAGAAGGUGAUUGAUGAAGAAGUGGCGCAAAUCAAGGCUUGGGUCGCAGAGUAUCCCAAAUAUAAGAAGCCUUGA